AUGUCCGUCUGCUCCAGCAACCUCAGCUAUGGCAGCAACAUCUGCAUGCCCGCUUCCCACGACUCCUGGCAGGUGGACGACUGCCCAGAGAGCUGCUGCGAGCCGCCCUGCUGUGCCCCCAGCUGCUGUGCCCCGUCCUCCUGUAUGACCCUCUGCUGCAAGCCCCUAUGCUGCAAGCCUGUCUGCUGUGUGCCCGUCUGCUCCUCCUCCUCCUGCUGCCAGCAGUCUAGCUGCCAGCCCUCGUGCUGUGGCUCCUCCCCCUGCCAGGAGUCCUCCUGUAGCUCCUCCUGCUGCCAGCAGUCUAGCUGCCAGCCCUCAUGCUGUGGCUCCUCCCCCUGCCAGGAGUCCUCCUGUGUGACCCUCUGCUGCAAGCCCGUGUGCUGCAAGCCUGUCUGCUGUGUGCCUGUGUGCUCUGAGAGCUCCUCCUGCUGCCAGCAGUCUAGCUGCCAGCCCUCGUGCUGUGGCUCCUCCCCCUGCCAGGAGUCCUCCUGUGUGACCCUCUGCUGCAGGCCAGUGAGCUGCAAGCCUGUCUGCUGUGUGCCCGUGUGCUCUGAGAGCUCCUCCUGCUGCCAGCAGUCUAGCUGCCAGCCCUCCUGCUGCCCCUCGUCCUGCUGCAGACCCUCCUCCAGUGUGUCCCUGCUCUGCCGCCCCGUGUGCAGACCCACCUGCAGUGUGCCCGCCUCCUCCUGCUGUGCCCCCGCCUCGUGCUGCCAGCCCAGCUGCUGCCGCCCGGCCUCCAGCGUGUCCCUGCUCUGCCGGCCUGCCUGCCCCCGCCCGGCCUGCUGUGGCCUCUCCUCGGGCCAGUCCUGCUGCUGA